CCACACGGAAGUUCCCGGGGGUCGUACAUCCCUCGCACUUCCGUCUUUCUCCUGUGAUCUGUCCGGGCGGUGGGGCCGCAGGGGACUCGGGCCGGGAACGGACAUGGACUCAGUAGCCUUUGAAGAUGUUAAUGUGGAGUUCACAAUGGAGGAGUGGGCUUUCCUGGAUCCCACCCAGAAGAAACUCUACACAGAUGUGAUGCUGGAAACCUUCUGGAACCUGGCAUCAGUAGCAUGUAUUUUAGAAAAAAAAUGUGAAGGCUUUGACAGUGAAGAUCAGUAUGAAAAUCACGGGAUGAAUCUUAGCAGUCAUAUAGCAGCGAGACUCUCUACAAAGAAGGAUGAUGGUCAAUGCAGAGAAAACUUCAGCCAGAUUCCAAAUCAUAAUGAAAAGAAAACUGCUACUGAAAUAAAACAACCUAAUUCCAGGUUGUGUAGGCAAAUCUUCAUGCGCUAUUUGUCCUUGAAUAAUCACCUGAGCUCUCACAUUGGACCCAACCUAUACCUGUGUCAGGAAUAUGAAGAAAACCCUUAUAAAUGUAAGAAACCUGGGAAAGCUUUUAAGCAUCAUCAACGUAUUCAAAGACAUGAAGGUAGCCCCAGUGGGAAAGCUUUCCACUAUUCAACCUCCCUUGGAAAUCAUGAAAGAACACAUGUUGCUGGAAAACCAUAUGAGUGUGAGCAAUGUGGAAAAAGCUUUAAUCGUCUCAUUUACUUUAAACUUCACAAAAAUGCUCAUAGCGGAGAGAAACCAUAUCAAAGUAAACAAUGUGGCAAAGCUUUCAGGUCUCCCAAGUACUCUGGAAAAAAUGAAAGAACACACACUGCAGAAAAUCCCUAUCAAUGUCAGAAAUCUGGAAAAGUUUUCAGUUCCACUUCUUUUAGAAAUCAUGAAAGAGCACAUAUUGGUGAGAAACAUUAUGAAUGUGAGAAUACCUUGAAUUGGCUCAGCUCUCUUGGAAAACAUAAAAGAAGUCAUGCUGGAAAGAGGCCUCAUGAAUGUAAGGAAUGUGGCAAAACAUUCCGUCGUCGCUAUGCCCUUGUAAUUCAUCAAAGAAUGCAUACUGGAGAAAAACUCUAUGAAUGUAAGCUUUGUGGUAAAGUUUUCUCUUAUUCAACUUCCCUCCAAAAUCAUAAAAGAACUCAUACUGGGGAAAAACCCUAUGGUUGUAAGCAAUGUGGAAAAGCCUUCAGUUGUCCAAAGUCUUAUCGAGAGCAUCAACGGACACAAUGUGGAGAAAAGCCUUAUAAAUGUAAGCAGUGUGGGAAAGCUUUCAUAUUUUCCUCUUCUCUUCGAAAUCAUGAAAGAAUGCACACUGAGGAGAAACCCUAUAAAUGUAAGCAGUGUGGGAAAAUCUUCAGUCUGUACAGUUCUCUUGGAUACCAUAAAAGAAUUCAUGAUGGAAAGAAGCCUCAUGAAUGCAAGGAAUGUGGUAAAACAUUCCAUCAUCCCUGUUCCCUUAGAAAUCAUGAAAGAACUCAUACUGGCGAACAACCCUAUAAAUGUAAACCUUGUGGCAAAGCUUUCUAUUUUCUGUCUGCCCUCCAACGUCAUGAAAGAACUCAUACUCGGGUAAAUCGCUAUGAAUGUAAGCAUUGUGGUAAAGGAUUCUAUUAUCGGUCUUCUCUCCAAGAUCAUGAAAGAACUCAUACUGGGGAUAAGCCCUAUAAAUGUAAGGUUUGUGGUAAAGGUUUCUCUUAUUCAACUUCUCUUCAGUAUCAUGAAAGAAUGCACACUGGGGAAAAACCCUAUCAAUGUAAGGAAUGUGGGAAAGCCUUCAUUUCUCCCAGCUCUCUUGGAAAACAUAAAAGAAGUCAUGUCGGAAAGAAGCCUCAUGAAUGUAAGGAAUGUGGUAAAACAUUCUAUGACCGAUAUUUCCUCCGAUUUCAUGAAAGUAUUCAUACUGGGGAAAAACGUUAUGAAUGUAAGCAUUGUGGUAAAGCUUUCUCUUAUCCAUCUUCCCUCCGAAGUCAUAAAAGGACUCAUGAUAAGGAAAAACUCUAUGAAUGUAAACAAUGUGGGAAAGCUUUCUUUGUUCUAAAUGCCCUCCAACAUCAUGAAAGAAUUCAUACUGGAGAAAAACCCAAUAAAUGUAAGCAUUGUGGCAAAAGUUUCUGUCAUUUAACUUCCCUCCAACAUCAUGAAAGAACUCAUUCUGGGGAAAAACCAUAUAAAUGUCAACAAUGUGGUAAGACUUUUAUUUUUUCCAAAGCUCUUAGAAAUCAUGAAAAAAUACAUAAUGUGGAUAAAUCCUAUGAAUGUAAGCAAUGUGGGAAAGCUUUCAGAUGUUCCAAAUAUCUUAGAAAUCAUAAAAAAAUGCAUACUAUGGAGAAACCCUAUGAAUGUAAGCAAUGUGGGAAAGCUUUCAAAUAUUACAGAUAUCUUCGAAACCAUGAAAGAACACAUACUGGGGAGAAAUCCUAUGAAUGUAAGCAGUGUGGGAAAUUUUUCAGUCAUCCAAGUUCUCUUGUAACACAUGAGAGAAAUCAUGAUGGAAAGAAGCCUCAUGAAUGUAAGGAAUGUGGUAAAACUUUUCUUUAUCCCUCUUUCCUUAGAAUUCAUGAAAGAAUGCAUACUGGGGAAAGACCCUAUAAAUGUAACCAUUGUGGUAAAGCUUUCUCUUAUCCAACUUCCCUCCAAUGUCAUGAAAGAACUCAUAAUAAGGAAAAACCCCAUGAAUGUGAGCAAUGUGGAAAACAUUUAUUCACCCCAGUUUCCUUGUGGAGAGAAAUCAUAAUGAAUGAAAGAACUCACACUGAAAAUAAGCCCUAUCCUGUGAAUAUUGUAGAAAACCCUUUGACUAUCUAAGCCUGUUACAAAUGAAGUCAUAUACUUCCCAAAACUCAUAGCAUUAAAAAAAAGUUCUAUAAACUUGACAUAUUAUCAAUACUCAUUCUUUGUUAAAUUUUUAAAUUACUUUUUUUGAUGUGAGGAAGGGAGAGACAGAGAAGAGAGAGAAAUAUCGGUGUGAGAGAGAAACUUCUUCACAUGUGCCUGACGAGGGAUCAACCCAGCUAACGUGACCUGACAGGUUUUGAAUGAAAAGGCCCUACACCUAUAUGUAUUUUUAAAAUUUUUAAAUUACAUUUGAAAUUCACUGUUAUUUUAGAUAAGUAUUUUCCAUAUAUUUGUGCUUACAGUUCACUAUAGACUCCCAUGUGAAUUAUUUUCAUGGUUGGUUUUUGUGUUGCUUUUGGCUGGGAAUUGUGCCAUGGAGUUCACAUUAAGAAGAAAAUAUUUUAGUUUGUUUUUCUCACUCUUUACCCUACCAGCCAAGAAUAUCCCCAAAACUGCCAGCUACUGCAUUACUUCCUGUGAUGUUGGGUGUAAGCUUUACAGUUGUUCAGAAUUCAACAUUAAAGAUCCAGCGUAGGUUGGCUUUUCCUGUAAGCCCAUAGGUGUCCACCAGGCAACAAAUGUAGACUGUCAUGGUUGAGUCUGUUUUCAGAAGCGUACACACUGCUCUCUAGAUUACAUUUGCAUGAAGUCUAAUUUGACUAGUAAUCAUCUUGUCCUGUUGGAUCUACUACUGAUGUGAUUCAGAUCCCACUGUGACAGCUGCAAUGGUGCAGUGCCAAGGAGCCCCGUGACAGUUUGUUCUUGUGCUGCCCUCUGCAGUGAGGGCUCUGAGCCAGUCCUUCCAUGUGAGAAUCGGCACUUUCCUCAUUUCAGGCAGACGCUGGAUGUGUGCUGUCACUCAGAGCUGAGCCUAAUCUCUCAAUGUUGUCAGGUAUCUUAAGUUGUAUGGGAUUAAAAUUAUGUGCAUUUUUCUCUAUAAUCAAUGUUUCUGUACUU